GCGUUCCAAACGACUUCUGCAGUUUCCUUUCAUCGUUCAUCCUUUUGAAAAUAGCCAUAGGACGGCCCAAUUUUGUUGAGAAACGAGUUAGAAGCAGUCACCUUUACUGAGAAUUUGACAAAAAAGAAUGAUUAUUCGUCUACGAUCAGCUGAAGGGCAAGGUCGUGUAAAUAUCGAAGCAUCAGACGACAUAUCAGUGCUAAGGAAAAGGAUUGCAGAAACUUUAAAAAUAUCGGAAACCACUCUUGUGCUCUCUGCGGACGAGAAGGGCCAGAAAAUCAUUGACGCUAAAAAGGGGACGCUGGUUGGAAAGAUAGGUCUUCGACAUGGCGAUAUAUUGUACACUGCCUAUCGGCGAGAAGAGGAACAGCAAGCCCCUACCGAAGAUAAAAAGAUUACCGCUGCUGUUGUGCAAGACCCGAUAGACGAAUAUAUGGCGAAACAGGAGGGAACUAUUCAACGGGGCAGAGAUCCACGAUUCUGCAAGCACGGGACAUCCGGGAUGUGCGAGUAUUGCAUGCCCUUACAGCCAUGGGACGCGAAAUAUCUAGAGGAAAAUAAGAUCAAGCACAUGUCGUUCCAUGCAUAUCUUCGCCAAAUUACGGAUCAAAACAAAACCGCCCCCCUUACAAGCUCCCAGUUCCUUCCCCCUCUUGACGAGAUGGAUCUAAAGGUCAAAAUACCCUGUCCCAGCAAAGGUCACGAAUCGUGGCCCAAUGGUAUCUGCACGAAAUGCCAGCCGUCAGCCGUUACGCUGCAAAGCCAGAGCUUUCGAAUGGUGGACCAUAUCGAAUUCGAAACAGCAGGAAUGAUAGAGAACUUUUUGACGUUUUGGCGAUCAUCUGGAUAUCAGCGAUUUGGAUAUCUAUAUGGACGCUUUGAGCAGUAUUCAGAGGUGCCAUUGGGUGUCAAGGCCGUGGUUACAGCUAUUUACGAACCUCCGCAAGAAGGGGCGUAUGACGGGUUGCAAUUGACCUUGCCUAAUCCUGAAGAGACAUCAGUGGAUGAGGUGGCCACAAAGCUGGGGCUUACAAAGGUCGGAAUGAUUUACACGGACCUCACUGAUGAUGGGACAGGGAAUGGAACUGUCAUUUGCAAACGACAUAGCGAAUCAUACUUUUUGUCAUCUGCCGAGUGCAUUCUGGCAGCUCAAAUGCAGUUAAAGUACCCUACACCCAGCAAGUGGUCUGCAACUGGCCAGUUCGGCAGCAGAUUUGUCACCUGUGUCAUGACUGGUAACGAGGACGGGGGUAUUGAUAUAUCAAGUUUCCAGGUUUCAAAUACAGCAAUGGCGAUGGUCCGCGACGAUAUUGUGGAGGCAUCUGUGGAGCCUUCACUGAUGAGAGUUAAGCAAUCGACAAAUGAGCAAUAUGUACCGGAAGUCUUUUACAAGUACAAGAACGAGUAUGGGAUAAUGGUGAAGGAUGCCGCGCGACCAACUUUUCCAGUGGAGUAUCUCUUAGUUACUGUCACACAUGGAUUUCCGCAAAAUCCAAGUCCAUUUUUUACUUCACCUGUUCAUUUUCCAAUUGAGAAUCGCGGAGGGGUCGAGAUCCAGGACACUGCGGCACUGCAACGACAUUUCAGCACUGGAAAGCUUACAGAUGCACUUUCGGAUUUCCAUGCCUUGGUAUAUCUAAAGCAUCUACAUGUUAUAGAAGCGCCGGAUUUUGAACUGGUAUACCAAAUUGCCAAGAACCACAGUGAAGAGACUGCCAACCAACUCGUACAUCAAAGUUCAUGGCAAACCUUACUGAUGAUAUUGAACGAGGCCGGUGCCCAUGGAGGAGGAGUGGGCAGCUAUAUGGAUGCAGGAUCUGGAUCAGGAGCGAGUUCGGCGGCAACAGCGACGAGAGCCUCAAGCAGUACUGGGGCGUCGUGGGCUUGCAAAUAUUGCACAUUUAAUAAUGCGGGUUCGGCUGAUACAUGUGAAAUGUGUGGUUUACCAAAGGAGUAAUAUAAGCAUACUGCGGCCAUUUGCAAGAAAAGCAUUUGCAAGAGCAGUUGAUCAAGUGAUUGACUGGCCGUUCAAAUUUUCAAAUACCCACCAAUAUUGAAGAUGAAUAGUUUAAAACUUGC